UGUACUUAUUUGCUUCCUGUUGCUGGAUAACUUUUAUAAAUAUCCAAAUAAGGUAUUGACAAAAAAAAUGUAACACUGUUGGUGGCUAAUAUUUAAAAAGAAAUCAGAAUAACCAAAUUUUUUGAGCUAAAGGGAAGGACUGUAAGCAAACUUGAGAGAGUCAUCUAUCGUCUUACGUGUUGAAAUAAAUAAUGUGAAGGAUCAAGUGAAGUUAUGUUCACGUGCGCUCACUUCGUAUAAUUACUGUAUUUUGUUCCUACAGUCUAUGAACGCAGCAGCCUGGAGGAUUGCUGCUGCGCCGCUGUGCGCGCAGUUACGGUAAUGGUGCUGAUGAGGGCGAGGAGACGUGUGAUACUGCUGUUGUGUCCUGCUGCCAUUUCAUCAGCGGAUCCUCGCGGUUAUAUUCACAGUCCUGCUCUAAUUAAGCAGCAGCCCUCAUCAUCUGUCGGCCAACACACUCAACAGGCUGGUUUAAUGUUUAAAAGCGGGCUAAAUAGUGACGGUAGACAGGAGGCCUACGUAGAUCAUAGGAUGCAUGUUAUCAGCGGGUAAAGCAACAACACAACCACUGCUGUCUGUGCAGUCUGCAGGAUCAUUUUUACAUCGAUAUGGGGUUUUCUUUUUCCAGGUGCUGAGCUCUUAACUUCAAGAUUAGAUCACCCAACUGUAAAUCACAUGGAUCUGCUGAGAUGAUUUGAGCCUAUUAUUCUCUCCUCAUGAUGGCAGCCCUGAUCCAAGAGUUAUCCAUACGGUCGACUCAGGAUUAAAUAUUUGAUGCGACAUGGAGACGAUAUGGCUUUAUCAGUUUCGUCUGAUCGUCAUCGGAGACUCCACGGUCGGCAAGUCGUGCCUGAUCCGGAGGUUCACUGAGGGCCGCUUCGCCCAGGUGUCAGACCCGACCGUUGGGGUGGACUUCUUCUCUCGUCUGGUGGAGAUCGAGCCAGGAAAAAGGAUCAAACUUCAAAUCUGGGACACUGCAGGACAGGAGAGAUUCAGGUCUAUCACCAGAGCCUACUACCGCAACUCAGUAGGUGGGCUCCUACUCUUCGACAUCACAAACCGCCGUUCCUUCAUGAACGUCCACAACUGGCUGGAGGAGGCUCAGAGCCACGUCCAGCCGCACAGCAUCGUCUUCCUGCUGGUUGGCCACAAGUAUGACCUGGAGGCCCAGCGUCAGGUGACCCAACAGGAGGCAGAGAAGCUGGCGGGUGCCUACGGGAUGCGCUAUGUGGAGACAUCUGCACGAGACGCCAUCAACGUGGAGAAGGCGUUCGUGGAUCUGACGAGGGACAUCUUUGAGCUGGUUCGGAGUGGGGACAUCAAGAUCCAGGAUGGCUGGGAAGGCGUCAAGAGCGGAUUUGUUCCCAACACCGUCCAUUCCUCUGAGGAGGUGACCAAGGGCAGCCGGCAAUGCUACUGCUGAUUUACGUGUGUGUGACAGGUGGUGAUAUUUCAGUGGACUCCAUUUGGAGGAGAUCUGACUGCGCUCAGUUUUUUGGGACUCAUAAUAUUUCCCUGCUCAGUUACACACUUCUAUGAUAUGUAAGACAUUGUUUUAUCUUUUCGGGUGCCUGUUUUUGGCUAUUGCCUAAACAUUUUGCUCCUAACAGGCGCAGAAGCACAAGAAGCCCUCCUCCCUCACUGUUCUGUGUGCAUGUGUGUGUGAUUGUAAUAACCCAAAACACUCUUAGCAGCUUUUACACAACACUUCAGCUUUACCCCACUUUUCCUGAUCUGUACAGUUAUACUCCAGUAGCCGGUUACAUCUCUAGUCAGUGUAUUUAUGUUUAUGUGUCGACAUGACUGAGCCAUGCCUCCUCCUUUUAAUGCAUAAUACUCAGAAUAUACUGCAUCCUUGUACAGACUCAAUCCAAUGAGAGUGACAAGACAGAAAGAGUCUUCAGUGAUUGUACAUGUGCACUACAAAUCCAAGUGGCUUACUGUCAUAUGUAAAGGCUUCUGAAAGAGCGGAGAGGGGAGGAUGAUGAAAUUGAACUCAAAUUGAACCAAAGUUUGAGACACUGCAAUCCGCUGACGACUGCUGGAGAAAGAGUUUGCACUGUGAAAAUGUUCAAUGGAAGGACGAGAUACUGUAGCUGCAUACUGAUAGCCAUUAUGGGUAGAUCAUAGCAAGAAGUACCCAGUUCAUGUUUACUUCUUUCUUAUGUUGGUUUACUGGUGACAACAGUUAAGAUGUGACCUUACAGCCUUUCAGAAACUGAACUGAUAUAUGUAAAUAUGAAGCCUGCUCUUAAAAUAUCACACAACACCUUCAGGUCAUAAUCUCUCCUCACACUUAUGCCUAAACUCCAUUUAUACACGCAAUCCAUGUUUAUAAUCAGUGCACGCCUCCAUUUAAAUUCAAAUUUUCCAAAGAAAGAAGUGAUUGUUUUUUUUUUUAUUUUUGAUAUAAUGUAAAUAGCCUCAGCACCUGGAAUCUCAUCAGAAAGAGUAGAGUGAAUGAAUCAUGGAAAGUAAAUAAAUUAUAAGAGAUUUAAACUCCAUAACAAUUCAGCAGAUUUCAAUUCAGAUUAGUGACAUUAACACGGACUGAUAUACGUAACAGUUUAGAGAGAAUGGUGGCUGAGUUCAUUUGUUUUAACUGCGCGGUGGAAGUGUCUCUUUUGAGUGCCUUUUGAAGGAAAGAAGCCUAAGCACACGCGGUCAACUUCCUGUUUCUAGUGUGUUUAUCCUGUGAUUAUUAACAUCUAUCUGCUGUAAAGAGGCGGGAAAACACAUCGAUCUCACAUUACACGACUUGUAAAUAAUUUAUUUGAAGCCAAACCCUGACAAAGUUGACUGUUCGAUGUUGUGACUCUGGGAUGAUUAUAGCACAAGUGUCAUGAAUAAUAAUAAUAAUAAUAAUAAAUGCCUGGAAAUAUUAAUAAAGAUUUGCCUUGUGCAAAUACUGGAGGUAUAUUGUCCCAUUAAGCUGACAUACAGUUGGGUAACAGGCUGUAAUGAGUUAUAAAUAGUUAUCAGAUUGACACAUUACUGUAAAUGGCCACUAGAGGGCAGCCUAAGUGUGUGGAGAAGGGAGGU